GAUCUACGUCGACAGAGUCGCUUACAAAUUAUCUCCAUGGUGCUUGCUACAGAUCUAAGUGGCCACCUCACGCACGUAAAUCGUCUAAAGAGCAAGUUGUAUGCAGUACAUCCUACGUCAGAAUCGAGUGAUCCAAGUAGUGGACCUGGGCUUUUGCUACCUGAUGAGUUGGUACUUCAAACUCUCAUCAUGAUGGCUGAUGUAGGCCACGCAAUGAAGUCAUUUCCGCUUCAUUUGGCGUGGUCGGAGCUCGUAGCAGAAGAAUUCUAUCGGCAGGGUGAUACAGAACGGCAAUUUGGAUUGGCCAUUUCACCUCUUUGUGACCACGAUACAGGGGUUGAGCGUUUCGAGAAAAACCAGAUUGGCUUUCUCGAAUUUGUGGUGCUUCCUCUGUAUAAUGCGGCACGUGACGUUCUUCCCUUAACAGGAUUUGACGAAGUGAUCACGAACGUUCGACAGAAUGCUGCCACCUGGGAGAAGCGCGCGCAGGCAAAGAACGACAUGAUGUCAAAUGCUCCCGCUUUGUUGGCGAUACCAGCCACCGUUGCAGAAGCAGUCGAGACAGGAGAUGAAUCUGAGGCGUACACGGAGAUUGUUGUUGAUGUGGAGAAUGAUUCAAAAAGAAAGCAGGUGGAAUCCAGCGCAUCAGACAAAGAACCAUGAGGUCAAAAAUGAACAUCUCACAUUUCGGCUACCUUGCACAAGAAUUGAAAAAAUAAAACAGCGGAUAACUUGUACUACGAAGUAAGAUACUUCACGAAACUGUAAACAAAAAAAUGAGG